CAUUAGUGAAUGUCAAUGGUAGUGUCGCGAUCGCACGUUUGUUUGUAAUAAAUAAAGUUUUUCAUCGCGAAAUUAAACCGUCAAGUUUUACAUCACUGCUUAUAAUUUAUUUGAUAGUAUUUUGCUAGUUUCUGUUAUAUGGAGUAGAUAAAAAAUAUUAUAAAAUGUUUUUACGCGCGGAAAUAUUCCUUUACUUUGUCUUGUUGGUUCGAAAUAGUUAUCAACGGUCCUGGGUCACCACGGAGGAAUUGGAAAAUCACAUAAGUCCAGAGGAUCUGCAAGAAUUUCUUAAAAUAAAAACGCCCGCUACUACAACCACUGAAGCCCCUGACGCCGAUUAUGAUAGUAUAGAGUUUUCGGUGCGUGUAGGUGUACCGAACGAAGUGGAUUGUUUCGGCUUUGGGCCCACUAUGACACAGAUAAUAGAAAAGUUUUUCAACAUGAAACCAGACUCAUCGGAGAUAGUCAACACACAGUUCUAUUUCUCUUCAAGAAAUCAACGUCAAAGGGUUCAGGUGUUUGCUGGAGAUCAGUUCGGACUAGAAUGGGUUGAUUAUAAACCAGAGAGAAAGACCAUUAUGAUUGUCCACGGCUAUAUGAGCUACAGCAACGCAUCGUGGGUCAACGAUAUGACCAGGGCAUUCUUGGAAUGGGGCGAUGUGAAUGUCAUAGCCGUAGACUGGAGCGGAGGCGGGAACACAUGGAAGUAUUGGCGUGCCGUCGCCAACACACGGAGAGUCGGCUCCGAUAUUACUGCAUUUCUGAACCAGUUGAUGGCAGCUACUGGCGCAAAAGUGAAAGACUUCCAUUUUGUCGGUCACAGCUUGGGUGCACAUAUUUCUUCGUACGUGUCCUUCCACAUAGGACGAGUUGCUAGAAUCACCGGUUUGGACCCAGCCCAGCCUUGUUACGGUUUGGCUAACAGCACAGAACGGUUGGACGCAACCGACGCUGACUUCGUUGACAUAAUUCAUACCAAUGGACGACUAAUGACAAGAAUAGGAUUGGGUCUGCCUGAUCCUUUGGGGGACGCAGAUUUUUAUCCAAAUGGCGGGAUGAAGCAGCCGGGAUGCUUUAACAACUCUGACUCAAAAUGGGCGCGUUUUCUGCCAAUUUCUCCUUCGAAAUUACAACAGGCGAUAUGCAGUCACGGGCGCGCGUAUCUUCUCUUUACAGAGUCGUUGGUUAACAACAACUGCACUUUCAGAGCUUACCCGUGGAACUUAACUUAUCAAGGAGUAAACGCGAGCAUACGUGCGACGUGUGACAAACGUGGGUCAUGUUCGGAGAUGGGCAUCAGGGCGGUUGGGCUGAACGGGCUGCCGCGAGCACAUGGCACAUAUUUCACGCUCACCACUGAAAAGGAACCCUAUUGUCCAACGGAAUCAGAGCAACGGAAACCAUGGCCAAAACUCCUGUGGGACUUACGCAAUGGAUUUACGCUUAAUAAAAUUUUAAAUGUAACAACGGUAACUCAAGCGUACGCCGACCCUAUGGAAUACAAUGAAGUGACUACGACAACACAAAAGAGUUGGUGGAAUAGAAUUUUGGACACGUUUGGUUGAAAUAUUGUUUAUUAUUGGAGAAUGCAGGAGAUAUGAUGUAAGAUAAAUAUUUUAGUGUAUUAUAUAAAUAUUCACCCCCUUAUUCAUAGAUGUUAAUUAUCUAAGGACGGAGCAUUGCUGUGAUAACAAGUCUGUUUCUCAGCUUUUUUAAUCUGACAGCUUGUUGUUUGUUCAGCUUUGUUUAUCUGACAGCUUGCUGUUUGUUCAGCUUUGUUUAUCUGACAGUUAAGUAGAUUUAAGUUGUAUCUCAAUAUUAGCCACUCACAACGGCCCUAUGUCCACGCAUUGCGAAGGCUGCCAUGCUGUCAGCACAGAGAAACAGGUUUGUUACCACGUCGGCGCCACACAUAGCAAAAAUAUUUGAACACUUAUUUGAACUUAUGUGUGGCACGGGUAUUUGUGUAUUUGUGCAAAGUUUGUUUAAAUGUUUGCGUAUUUGCCAUUCGGUAUCGGUUUUUCGACCACACAUCAAAGUGUUCAAAGUUAUUGAGUUACUUGAAGGAGAACCGAUUAUAUGGAAACCUAAUAGUAAAAGCCAUAAAAAUUUAAAUUUGGUCAGUGUCUGUAACUGUGUUCAUAUGUGUGGCAAAGUCUUUGUUCAAAUAUUUGUCCGUGUAUGGCGCCGGCAUCACAGCAAUGCUCCGUCCUUAGAUAAAUAACAUCUAUGAAUAAGGGGGUCAGUCUUUUAAGGAAGGUUCUCGCAAAAUUUUGGAAUAAAUCUGAAAGCUAUCACGAAGUUAUGUGCUGUAAAAUUAAAAUAUGAUCCCUUACAGACAAUUUAUUCAUAAACUGUAAAAAUAGAAGUAAGUAACAGCUAAAAUAAAACCCUUUAUUAUAAUUACAACACCAUAAAUGUAAUAAUAUAGGCAAAAGUAGCGGUUAAUUUUAGAACUAGCCGUUAGAAAGUACCAUAAGAUUUGUGAUGCAGUUUUUUACUUUUAUAUAUUAUAUUAAAUAGGUACAUAUUUUUAUACCUACUUUACACUUAUUUUUAAAUUCGAAGAACAUUACUUAGUUAACUUAGUUUUUACUUGUAUUCUUACUGUAAAAAUGUAUUACUUGGUAUUUUAGGACAUAUACUAUUAUAAAAUACUAUUAUAGAUAAAACAUUCGUGUUGAAAUGAGUCAAAAAUAAUGUUGCAUAAAUAUUUGUCUAUUUAAGUUUAUUUCUUGUUUACUUUAUUUACAUAGGGCCUGUUUGACAACUUUUCAGUAAAUGUUACUCGUCAUAUAAAUAAAUAAACCGACCAAAUUCAAAAGACGUAUUCUAUGCUCCCAAAUAAAUGGCAUUAAAAAUAGUAUUAUCUACAUUAAGUAAUUGUUUAAUACUAGAAUACAUUGAGUGUUACUGGUAAAUAAUAUUACCAGUAAUACGAGUUUAGCUGAUUUAUAUUCAAUUACUUUCGUUCACAGUUUAUUUUUUUUAUUUGAAAUGUUACCUAACCCUAAUGUGACUUUUGGGACUGAUAUAUUAAGCUAAAACAUCGAAGUUGAAUGAAAA